AUGAAUCCUCCAAGUUUCACUGGUUCGUACACCACUAAAGAUCCGGAGAAUUUCAUUGAGGAACUGAAGAAGGUGUUUGAUGUGAUUCAUAUCAUUGAUGAUGAAAGAGUCAAGCUAUCUGCACGUAAUAGAAAAAUGUGGCUAGGACUUGGUUUUAUCAGUGGAAGGAGAGCAGAGAUAAGGAUGCACCACAUCCGAGGUAGUGUGGCGCAAGGGGGUACUAAGCGUCCAGCCUGCCCCAAGUGUAGUAGAAGCUACUCCGGAGUUUUUUGUGAGGGCUCCAAUUGUUGUGUCAAGUACGAUCAGACAGGGCAUUUCAGGAGAGAGUGUCCAAAAAAUAAGCAAGGAAGUGGUAGAAUGGGCAAUAGAGACCAAUCUUCAUCAGCUGCUCCACUAGACAGGGUUGCACCUAGGGGAGUUAUUUCUGGUACUAGCAGAGGAACAAACCUCUUGUAUGCUCUUAACUAUCGCUAG